AUGGACGUCGUCGCCGCGGCAUCACCAAAUAUUUACUUGCAAGACCUGGUGAGUUUUGGGCGCGGGAUCCUCCGCCAAGGGAUAGUCAUCCAGGACGCUACGGUGAAGAACAGCUCUCUCCCCGUCGAUACCUUCGAGAUUCUCCUCAUCGACAACUCUGUCGUGUAUAAGAACGCUCGGGAUAUCAGGGUGCUCGACAGAAGCCACCUGUACGCCGGUCAGGUGGUCGGGUCGGCAUGCGACAUCACCGGCCAAAUCGGUGUCGUCACCGGCGUCACCACCCUGCUGGACCUGGCCGAGGUGGAUAACCGGGGCAUGGCGACCGGGAUCAUCAAGGGUGUGUCCCCGUCUAGCCUGCGGCGAGUCAGAAGCCUCAAUCUUGGGGACUUCGUCGUGUCCGGGCCGUGGCUCGGCCGAGUUGUCGAGGUGUCUAUCGAUGUCGAUAUCUUGUUCGACGAUGGCGCUGUCUGCAGGGUUAACGACGCAAACGUCACCGGGGGAAACCCUCGUUCCCUCUUCAAAACCGCACGGUGGCUUAAUGGCUACUGGAAUCCCCGUCGCGACGUAGGCACCGUCCUCAAGGUGGAUACAUCCGGCGUUCUCGUCUACUGGAUUGCGUCGAUGCAUUGUGGCACGGACAAGGAGCUCGUCGAGGCAUCCGCUCCGCCAGCGUACCAGCAUCCCGAUGACCUGACCUUCUUCUGCGCCGCGUGCAUUUGCAGCUGGGGUGUAGCUGACCAUUGCUUCUUUAGAGCCCCUAGUUCCACCAAAACCAACGAUGAUAAUGGCGAUCUGGCUUGUGCUCACGAUCAAGAGAAAGAGGAUGAGGAUGAGGAAGAAGAUGAGGAAGAGGAAGACCAAUGCUCUGAAAAAAACCAGGGCGUAAUUUAUGCUGACCAAGAAGCACCAAUUGCUCAUACAGUACCGCCCACGCCCACGAAGCAGAAUGCUGUGAUAUUUUAUCGGAAGCAGUUGAGGAAGGUCUUCUUCAAGGGGCACAGACGGAAGCGACACCAACAAAUAAGGAGGCAUGUGGAGGUGGAGUUUCCCAUGACCGUCGCUAGCACCAUCACCUCUGUCGACGUGCUAUGGCAGGACGGCACCCUGCAGCAUGGCAUACCCUCAGCGAACCUUGUCCCCUUUGGUAUGGUGAAUGAGCAAGAGUUCUUACCAGGAGAACACGUCAUUGAGAACGGUCUUUCUUUUGAUACUGCCGCUGAUACUAAUGGUGAGCACAAUGGCGCGACAAGGCGUGUGGGCAUAGUCAGGAGCCUAGACUGCAAGGACCAAACGGUGUGUGUGUCAUGGUUCAAAGCAGAGAUGUGCAAUGACGAGGCUAGGGAGGUCGAGUGCAUUGAUACGAUGAGUGCAUAUGAUCUCCAACUGAACUACUCACCCUACUACGGAGAUAUAGUAGUCCGCCUUAUGCAGUCAGAAUUAACGAACUCUAAUGUUGACCUUUCAUGGGUGGGGCGUGUUGCUGACCUUCCUGAUGGACAUGUUCAAGUCAGGUGGGCUGAUGGUAGUAUGUCAAAGGUGUCACCACAUGAGAUCAUUGUGGUUAACGAGGAGCACUACAUGGAGUUGUGGACUGAAAUGGGCGAUUGGUUGGAGGAUGACGGUAUCGAUGAAGAGAUUGCCAACACGGACAAUGAUCUGCAGAACCCAGCUGAUUAUAGCGAUGUCGAAAAUGACGACCCAGCAGAGACGAUGGCAAGCCAUUUGGGACUUGUAGUCCAGUCUUCGCAUCCAUUGACCGGCGACAUGGUGACCAAUCGCCAGCCGCCGCUGUCAUCAUUGGUGCCAAGCUCAGAGGUACAUGCGGCAACAGAGCAAAUCGCUGCUGCCGUGACAAGGAACAUUGUGGAUGUAGAGUGCCACGAUUUUGCAACCUGCUCCUGUGACGAAUCGUUCAGCUUCCCACGUUUCGACGUAUUGCAGAUCACCCCUGAGGAUCACCAUUACAUUGACGACGCAAGCAAGGAAAUGCAGGGUGGUAGUCGUGGGAAGAAUUGGGCCAAGGCAGUGCAAAAGGAAUGGCAAAUUCUAGAGAAUUCAUGUGCAGAAACCAUCUAUGUACAAGUGUUCGAGGGCCGCAUGGACCUGCUCCGGGUGGUGAUGGUGGGCGCAAGCGGGACACCAUACCACCAUGGGCUCUUCUUCUUUGACUUGCAGCUACCAUCAUCCUACCCGGCUGAGCCACCCCAAGUGUAUUACCACUCCUAUGGCCUACGCCUCAAUCCAAACCUCUACGAGUCUGGUACUGUGUGUCUCAGCCUGCUAAACACUUUUGAUGGUGAGGGCACCGAGCUUUGGUCGUCGGUAACAUCAAGCCUCCUCCAAGUUGUUGUCUCCAUCCAAGGCCUCGUCCUCAACGACCAACCAUACUACAACGAGGCCGGAUAUGAGACCCUAGUCGGCAAACCAGAGGGUCGUCGCAAUGCGCUGCCCUACAGUGAGAAUGCUUACCUGCUCAGCCUUCGGACCAUAAUCCAUGUGUUGCGCCGGCCGCCUCGGGGAUUUGAGGAAUUUGUCAAGGACCACUUUCGUCGACAGGGAAGGUUUGUGCUCACGACAUGUGAUGCGUGCCUGCGGGGAUGCGUUGUCGGUAAUGCCCAUGCCACCGAAGCGAGUAAGGAACAGCCAUGCUCAGCUGGGUUAAAGCUUGCGCUCGCCAACAUGUUGCCUAUCCUCGUGGCAGCUUUCACAGAGAUCGGCGCCCAAGGGUGCGAAGAGUUUAAGAAGUUAUAUGCUCUCAGCACUGCUCACUAG